AUGCCAUUGUGGAGGUCACUGUCCUUUCGACAAACCGUAUCCCCUCUGCUGCUCCCACGGACGUACAGAAAGGGCUUUUUUACGGAAAAGACACGUUUCUGUUCGAGCGCCCGUUUGUGUUCGACACGGAUCAGACCACACUACUCUGCUGGAUGCGCCUGCGCGAGUACAGCAGCGAGACUCUUCGCGCGCUCGCCUCAGAACACCUGCAAGGGCGUCCGAGCGCGACGCUCCCCGCUGAGUACAACGGCGCACGCCAGCGCGAGUGUGCCGUUGUACUUACCGGUUUUACUCCACCCCACCAGCACAAUCCAACGUAUCUUUUCUUUGCGUCGCCGUUGCCGCGAGCACCCAGGAAAACACCGGGCCCGCUGA